AGCUUUGUGCUAUCAAAGAUUUUAGAUAGUCUGUCACAAAACUCAUGACAAAUAUUCAAUUCAAUAUGAAUAAGUGAUUACUUUGGUUCCAAUUUCCAAAUAAAUAAUUGAGGGGUGAAUUACUGUAAUUAAAUAAUCUGAGGAUCCAUUGGAUAUUUUUUUGGUGCAAACUUGCAAUUAACUCAAAAAACAUCGGAGAUGUAUAUUCCACCGUCAUUGACUGCUUAAUCCACCGCUUGAAGACUUCUUCCCAAUUUCACUUCAGAAAUUUCUGUUCUUCGUCUUCUUGGUCUUUGGAGCGUAGUGUGAAGGUACAGUUAAGAAAAAGGAUAUGGUGAACUUUUUCUGCGUAUUUUGCGGUUGCGUGGACCAGGCCAGCGUCGGCGUCGUGGAAAAAUGGGGACGGUUUCUGAAAUUGGCGCAACCAGGCCUCCACUUCUUCAAUCCCCUCGCCGGUGAAUGGCUUGCCGGAAUCCUCUCCACCAGGAUCAACUCUCUGGAUGUCAAAAUCGAGACCAAAACUAAGGACAAUGUCUUUGUGCAAAUGCAUUGCUCGAUCCAAUAUCGAGUGAUUAAAGCAAAUGCUGAUGAUGCUUUCUACGAGCUGCAAAAUCCUACGGAACAGAUUCGAGCAUAUGUGUUCGAUGUGGUUCGUGCUCAUGUACCAAAAAUGACUUUGGAUGAGCUUUUUGAGCAAAAAGGUGAUGUUGCUCAGGCUGUCACAGAAGAACUGGAAAAGGUGAUGGAAGCAUAUGGCUACAACAUAGAACAAAUAUUGAUGGUUGACAUUGUUCCUGACCCUUCGGUUCGCAAGGCUAUGAAUGAGAUAAAUGCAGCUCAAAGGAUGCAGCUAGCCAGUGUGUACAAGGGUGAAGCAGAAAAGAUCCUGCAGGUGAAAAAGGCAGAAGCUGAGGCUGAAUCCAAGUACCUUGGCGGAGUCGGGGUGGCGAGGCAGAGACAAGCAAUCACAGAUGGCUUGCGAGAGAACAUCUUGAAUUUCUCGGACAAGGUUGCAGGCACCUCUGCUAAGGAAGUGAUGGAUCUCAUCAUGAUUACUCAGUACUUUGACACAAUCAGAGACCUGGGGAAUUCAUCAAAGAACACUACGGUGUUCAUACCCCAUGGACCUGGACAUGUUCGCGAUAUAGGUGACCAGAUACGCAAUGGGAUGAUGCAGGCAUCAUGUGCGGAGAUUUCUGUUGAAUAGCUUCAUUUUGUUUUCUGGGUGAUUUUGAAGGAAACUUUGCUUCAUAAGUACAUAAAUAAGCAUUAUACGAAAAAACGGGUGCUGAACGAGCUGACAUUCGGGUUAUGCUCUAUGGUUACAUUCUCUUACUAGAAAGUAACUUAGCGGAUGUUGUAAAUAAUCUUGCUUUUUCAAAUUGCGAGAUAUGUUGUUUGGAUUGAAGAGGCUCCUCUUAAUACGGAGAAACCAUGACUACCGUUGUUACAAUAGCAUGUUGUUCAUGUUGUCGUGUGAUAUUAAGAUUCAUUCAUAGAAGUCAUCGUUUCUUCUUGUAACGCUUCCCAAUUCCCAGCUUUGCAAGAACUUGUCUCACAGCCAGUUCAAGAGGCCGUAUUUUCUUCAUAUUGAAGCUGCAUAGGAUGAUGUUGAUUUGAUUUACAGAAAUGCUGGAUUUAGACCAUCUUCCAGUUUUGCCGCCAAAAGAAAAGUCGAAAAGUAAGAGAGAUUCAUAAUAGUAUUCAUAAUGUUGAACGUAAUGAUGCAUAAAUUCUAUGGCAAUUAUGGCGUAUCAUAUUCAUCAUAGAGAAACAUAUGGAGUUAAUUGAGUAGAUUAUCUGAAGGUAGCACAACUCUAUUCCUUCGCCCAGGGGAAUAAAUAUGCAAGUCAUGAGUAGAUAGAUCCUACAAGGAUUCCUCCUGUUUCCCCACUGUUCGAAACAAGAAAAUUCAACCCAGCGAGAGAGAAUGGAUUUGACAAAUCAGAUGGAUUAUCAUUCUUUGUCCCCAAAGGUCCUCAACUACAUUCUGCACUAAUAAUAGAGACUUAUGUAACUACUCACAAUCUCAUAAUUACAAGCAUUCUCACUCUAUUGAUUUCCGUGAUUAGUUUAAAUGUUUAUUUUUGCUAUCUGGUGAAAGAAGACUAUGAAGUCACAUUCACCGAUUUAAUUGUUAAAAGGAUCAAAGAUUAGUUUGUAGAAUGGUCACAUAUGAAUUGCCGUACAGUAUUCUUGUCUAAAAGUUAGGCAUGUUAAUUGUCGUAGAAUUACCUUGUUUCUUCUUUUCUUUGCUAAUAGAUCAACCCUACUCUACAAAUCAAUUUUACAGUAUCUUUUGACGGUAGAAGUUAUAUAUACAAGUACAACCAUUUUUAUGUUACUACAUCUCAGUCUACCUCAUCUGUGUACUGCAAA